ACAGAGCCUAAGGUUGGGGGACUAUUUAAACUCUGGAGAUGUGAAGGCCAAGAGUCAUUCUCUAUGAUAAACCCCCUCCACUACUGCAGCUGGAGAAGCUUUUCCCAGUCUCUGUGCUCCCCUGGGGCAAGAGAGGUCGAGCAAGCAGUUUGGGUGGGAAAGGAGAACUGGAGGAAGUUGACAGGGAUGGGCGGGGCCCUUGGGGGGGCUGACCAGGAACCCGGCUUCCUGCUCAGUACCCAGGCAUCCAGCCCCUGGCUCACCCCCACCCCUUCCAGCCCCCACUCCCCUCAGGAACCUAGGGUUCCAGCCCUCCUCCCAAAUCCCAGCUACCCUCCCCCAUCAGUUUCUCCCCUCCAGGGGAUGGAGGCCGAGAGACCCCAGGAAGAAGAAAAUGGUGACCAGCAUCAGGGCCCCCAUCAGGAUGAGCGUGGCUGGCCCCCUGUGAACACCACCACUCGGCCUUGGCGAUCUGCUCCUCCGUCCCCUCCUCCUCCUGGGACCCGCCACUCAGCCCUGGGGCCCCGCUCGGGCUCCCUGCUCUCCCUGCAGACUGAGCUCCUUCUGGAUUUGGUGGCUGAGGCCCAGUCCCGCCGCCUAGAGGAGCAAAGAGCCACCUUCCACAUCCCCCAGAACGCCCCAAGCAUAGCCCCAGCCCCACUCCGGCCUCUUGAGGACAGAGAACAGCUGUACAGCACUAUCCUCAGUCACCAGUGCCAGCGGAUGGAAGCCCAGCGGUCAGAGCCUCCGCUACCCCCAGGGGGACAGGAGCUCCUGGAGUUGCUGCUGAGAGUUCAGGGUGGAGGUCGAAUGGAAGAGCAAAGGUCCCGCCCCCCCCCACAUACCUGCUGAGACUUGAGCCCACCCCCCUACCAGCCCCUCUGCACUCCUGGGGCUCAAAGCUGGGUGGCAUGCCCUCAAACCCUGCUUGGCAGGGGCACCAGAGACUGGAAGACCCAGGAGAAAUCUCAAUAUUCAUCACUCUCAUCCACCUUCCCCAGGAACAGAAGAGGUGAAAGUCCUCAAACCCUGAGAAUAAUCAGGGUAGGGUGGUCUUUUAACUUCCUCCCCCAGGGGAGCUUGAAGCAGCCAGAAGAUCCCAGCCAGAAGGACACCCCACCCCUCCUCUGAUCCCAAGGAGUGGCUGGAAGUCUUGGUCCUGAGCUGUGGGGAUGCCCCCAGUAGUCUAGCCACUACCCAGGAUCUGAGGGGUCAGGCCUCCAUCUCCCAAAAGGCAAAUCUCCCAAGGUUAGGGCCUGAGAGACAGUUCCACCCUCCUUCCCAGUGAGAAGAAAGGGAGAGAGAGCAUUACAAAGAUAUAGACCAUUCUUCUACCCCACCACCAGCACUCUCAGCCCCAGGACUGAGGGGCCUACAGGCUGUGAAUGGACACUGAGCAUUGCCCACCCUCCCUCCCCGCUGCUGCUCCGAGUCCGAUGUUUUGGUUGUAUGAAUAAAUGUAGUAUCUCCUCUGAA